AUGGCACUCUUUGUGAUUAUCCUAUUGAUACUGUUGCCUCACCUGGUAUGCAAAUCUCAUAAACUGAACUGCGAAAUCAGUGAACCAAUCCCUAUUCUGCACAGGUAUCAUCAACCAGGAAGAAUCAUUAUUGGUUGUAUAACGUCUCAAGUCUUCAUGCCUACCUAUCCAAUGGACUUCAAUGAGCACCCUCAUCAAUCGGUUAUUGGUGAAUACCUUGUAUUGGCUAAGAAUUAUCAACAUACCCUGGCACUGGUAUUUGCGGUAAAUGAGAUCAAUGGAAACAACCAGAUUUUACCUAACAUCACUUUGGGCUUCCACAUCUAUGAAAGCUACUCCAGCGCUACUUUGACUUAUCAUGCCACAAUGAAAGUUCUUUUUACACAGAAUAGAUUCAUACCCAACUACAAAUGUGGUAUUUGGAACAACUUAAUAGCAAUCAUUGGGGGUCUUUACUCUGAAACUUCUCUCCAGAUGGCAAAGAUCAUGGGUAUCUAUAAAAUUCCACAGUUCACUUAUGGAUCUAUUCCAUCUAUGAAUGAUAGAGAUGGUGCUUCCUCCUCCUACCAGAUGGUCCCAAAUGAAUCUUACCAAUAUAUGGGGAUUCUACAACUAUUGCUGCACUUUGGAUGGACAUGGGUUGGGAUCCUUGCUAAAGACGAUAACAAUGGAGAAAGAUUUGUAGAGAGUAUAGUCUCAAUGUUUCCCUUGAGUGGAAUCUGUUUUGCAUUUUUAGAAAGAAUCAUGGCAGUUUACAUCAGUAAUCUUUUUGAUCUAUGGCAGUGGAUGCUGAGAACAUAUGAUGUUAUAUUUCAAAGCAAAGCUAGUGCAAUACUUGUGUAUGAAGAAAAUAUGAUACAUCUGAGAUGGCUACUAUAUUUGCCAGAAAUGGAGUUUGUAACCAUGCAGUAUGAAAGCAAAGUAUGGAUCAUGACUAUCCAGCAGGAGCUCAGUACAUUACCUUUUCAGAAGAACUGGGCUAUACUACCUAUCCAUGGUGCUCUAUCAAUGGCUGUUCACUCAAAUGAAAUAUUAGGAUUUCAAAAUUUUAUUCAAACUGGAAACCAUUUAUUGACUAGAGGAGAUGGCUUCAUCAGGGAUUUUUGGGAACAAUCAUUUGACUGUAAAUUUCCAGAUCUGUUCAUCAGCAAAAAUGAUAUUAAAAUUUGCACUGGGGAAGAGAAGUUAGAUGAUCUUCCUGGGGCUUUUUUUGAAAUAAGCAUGACUGGCCACAGCUACAACAUUUACAAUGCUGUCUAUGUAGUUGCCCAUGCUUUACAUAACAUGCAGUCAAAUGAACCCAAACAUGGAAGAAACAUGAAACUACAGAAUCAACAGCCAUGGCAGCUCCACCACUUUCUGAAAAGAGUCUCAUUUAACAAUACUGCUGGAGAUGAAAUUUCUUUUGACCCAAAUGGCACAUUGAUAGGUGGCUUUGAUAUAAUAAAUUGGGUUACAUUUGCAAACCUAUCUUUCCAUCGAGUGAAAGUUGGAAAGCUAGAUCCCCAUGUUUCACCUGACAAAAUGUUCAGCAUUUGUGAUGAUGCUAUCAUAUGGCACAGGAGUUUUAACCAGAUGUUGCCCAUCUCUCUGUGCUCUGACAACUGCCAUCCUGGUUAUUUCAAGAUAAAAGAGGAAGGGAAGCCAUUUUGUUGCUAUGAUUGUAUGCCAUGUCCAGAAGAAAAAAUCACUAACCAAACAGACAUGGAUGAUUGUCAUAAAUGCCCUGAAGAUGAAUAUCCAAACAAAGCUCAAGACCUCUGUGUUCCUAAGGAUACCUGGUUCUUGUCCUAUAUAGAACCACUGGGGAUCAGUUUAAUAAUGUUGGCACUCACCUUGUUUGUUUUCACAGCUUUGGUUCUAGGAACUGUUAUGAAGCAUCAUGAUACUCCAGUCAUCAAGGCUAAUAAUCGAAGUCUCACCUAUACACUCCUAAUAUCCCUCUUGCUCUGUUUUCUCUGUGCUUUCCUAUUUAUUGGCCCACCUGGAAAAGUGGCAUGCCUCUUGAGACAAGUUAGUUUUGGCAUGAUCUUUUCAGUGGCUAUUUCUUGCAUAUUGGCAAAAACCACCACAGUUAUUCUGGCUUUUAGGGCUACAAAACCAGGAAGCAGAAUGAGGACUUGGGUGGGAAUAGGACUAGCUUUUCCCAUUGUCCUUUGUUGCUCCAUUAUCCAAGCAGGCAUUUGUACAGUGUGGCUGGUCACCAGUCCUCCAUUUCCAGAAGCUGACAUGCACUCAGUAACUGAAAAAAUUGUACUGGAAUGUAAUGAAGGUUCUGUUAUGAUGUUUUACUGUGUUUUGGGCUAUGUGGGAUUUCUGUCAACAAUGUGUUUCAUUAUAGCUUUCUUUGCCAGAAAGUUGCCAGAUAAUUUCAAUGAAGCCAAGUUCAUCACUUUUAGUAUGUUGAUUUUCUCCAGCGUAUGGUCAUCUUUUGUACCAGCCUAUCUGAGUACCAAGGGAAAAUACACUGUGGCAGUGGAGAUAUUCUGUAUCUUAGCCUCCAGUGCUGGGCUUCUGAGCUGUAUCUUCUUCCCAAAAUGUUACAUCAUUCUCCUGAGGCCUGAGUUAAACAACCGGAAACAGCUUAUGAAGCGCAAACUCUGA